UUGUUAUACACAGAUCCCAAAACGUAGACUAGUGAUUAAUGAUUUCAUUAUUCUCUUUGCAAUUAAUUCCUGUUGUAUUUUUCUGGUCGGUGUUUGUAUCAUUAUUUAUUAUUUUAGGUAUUCAAAAAAAAAGGCGUUUGGCAGUUAGAUAUUAUCUAAAACUCUUAAAGGUACCUUAUGUAUUUAUUGUGAUGUUUGAUGUUAAGGUUGUAACAACAUAAAUUAUUUUAAAACAGUUCAAUUUAAGUCCUUUCUCAAAGUUCGAUAGUGGUUCGAUACAUCAGAGGUUAAUGUUAUUCAAGGAGAACUAAACAACAGCAAAAUCAUGGCGUUAAGAACUUACGGCGAUAAGCCGAUAAGUUUUCAAAUUGAAGAGGGCGGAGAUUUCUACUGUGUUGGAUCUGAGGUUGGAAAUUAUCUGCGUUUGUUCCGUGGGUCACUUUACAAGAAGUACCCUGGCAUGGUCAGGAGGACUCUCACAAAUGAAGAGAGGAAACGCUUAGUGGAUAAUGGCCUUGGCCCUCAUGUUCUGACCAGCUCCGUGUCUUUACUGAAGGCAGCUGAAGUUGAGGACAUCAUUGAAGGAAACGAUGAGAAAUACAAAGCUAUAUCCGUCAGUCAAGAGAUGGCAACUCCUCGAGAGAGCAAGAGUAAGAAGCCACACAAUCCAUCAUGGAUGCCUGUUAUGCCAAACUCAUCUCACUUAGAUGCAGUUCCACAGGCCACACCUAUUAGCAGGACCAGAGUUCAUAAUAAAAAGGUGCGCACUUUUCCUCUCUGCUUCGAUGAUACAGAUAUGACGGCGAUGCUGGAGAAUGCGUCUCAGAAGCAGAUACUUGUGCCCAUCAGGUUGGAUAUGGAGAUUGAGGGCCAGAAACUGAGAGAUACAUUCACAUGGAACAAGAAUGAGUCAAUCAUAACACCGGAGCAGUUUGCAGAAGUAUUAUGCGAUGAUCUUGAACUCAACACAAGCACAUUCAUACCGGCUAUAGCAAGUUCUAUCCGUCAGCAAAUUGAGGCUUAUCCCAGUGAACCGCCACCCAUCUUGGAGGAGCAGUCUGACCAGAGGGUUAUCAUCAAGUUGAAUAUACAUGUUGGGAAUACUUCACUUGUUGAUCAGGUGGAAUGGGAUAUGUCGGAAAAGGAGAACAAUCCGGAACAGUUUGCUAUGAGACUGUGUGCUGAGCUAGGUUUGGGAGGAGAGUUUGUUACGGGCAUUGCUUACAGCGUGAGGGGACAACUCAGCUGGCAUCAGCGCACCUUUGCUUUCAGUGAAGCUCCUCUGCCUGUUGUUGAGACGCCAUACCGCCAGCCGUCCGAUGCGGAGCAGUGGGCUCCUUACCUCGAGACGCUCACCAACGCCGAGAUGGAGAAGAAGAUCCGAGACCAGGACCGCAACACCAGACGCAUGCGGCGCCUUGCCAACACUACUCCCGAUGUAUCGUUGAGUCGCGCCGUGAACCGUUUGAUCCGGGCGGACGAAGCUCUCUUCCAGUCCACGCCCGAAAAGAGGAGGAAAAAGAUAUAAUCAGCCAACGCUAACAUAACCACUUCAUCAACACUAAUGCACCAGUUAAACAUUUGGGGCCGGGGCGAUCCCUGGUGAAGGAUUUUUGCAUUGUUUAAUUUGGUAUGAAAUAUUACAAAAUGGUCAAUCUGUCUUUACCGGGUACCAAAAGAGCCCAAUCUGAAGUUGCAACAUUUUCAUUAGACAUUCCUAUUUUUUCAUAUUGUAGGGAUGGUUUGAACUAAGUCUAAUUAAUUAUGUAUAAUGAUUUUGAAAUGCUUAAGUUGUAAUUAAGUUUUAUAUUAUAGUCAUCGACUUGAAUAAAGUGGUAGGUAUGUAGUUUUUUUCUUUAGGUACCUAAACGCAUUUAUUGCUGAUGUAACGAAAAUAAAGAUUUCGUAAUUUA